AUGGUGGCUGCUGGUGUUGGGAAACUUGUGGAAGAUGGAAAGCUCCAGUGGACAACCCUCGUGAGAGAAAUAAUACCCGAGAUCUAUCAUGAUGACAUCGACUGGACAUACAGGGCAACAAUAGCGGAUAUUCUGGCACAUCGAUGUGGCUUGGAUGGAGAGAUAGCAACUUUGCUAGCUGACGGGGGAAAUGGCGACAAACAGCCUUCUCUAGAAGUGCUGCUCAAAAUUAUCGACCGCAUCCCUCACCCACUUCCGCAUCGUGAGAGCUGGCUGAUGUCUCCAUGGGCAUACACUAUUGCUGCGCACAUAAUUGAGCAUAUAUCUGGGCAACCGCUUCACGAGUUUCUUGAGAGUCAAGUAUUCCAUCCACUUGGGAUGACUUCUACCACUUUGCGGCCAUCGUUUGAAGCGAAUAACAAUAUUGCUGAACCGCAUGCAUCACUUAGCAAUGGGGAGGCUUAUUCAUUGAAAUUUCAACCCAAUUUUGCAGAUACUUUGUUUGAAGGCUAUCGCGGAGCUUAUUCGACAAUGAAUGAUCUUCUCAUAUGGGCCAAGGAAACAUUGACUGCGAGCCAGAAUACCGAGCCAUCCGCUAGCACAAUCUUGAAACAAAUCCCGCAAAUCCUCAGCAAUCAUAUUGCGAUGGAGAAUCCCUCACUGUUGGAAAGGUCGUAUGGAUUUGGCUGGGCGAGAGCCCAGCUUCCUGGGAUCGUGGGCCUCCUCGGUGGAAACUCAGGUCUCUGGAAAAUGUCUGAGCAUCCUGUCUUCGGGGCUGGAAACCAGUCUAGGCUUAUGAUUUAUCACCAAGGCGGAGGACCGGGAUACUCUUCGUUCAUUGCCAUCUUUCCCGAGACACAGUCGGCCGUUGUGGUUCUCAUGAACACCACUACGACAAGCGAUGCUGCUGACUGGAUCGCUCGACUCUUAAUCGAGGGCCUCUUCGACUUUUCCACACGCACCGAUUAUGUGAGACUCGCAGCAGAGGGUAGAAGCCGCGCACUCGAACGGUUUGAUACACUCCAUAACAGAUUGGCCGAUGAGAAGAUCCAAGGAACAUCACCACUGCCCCUUGAAUGCUACAUCGGCAAGUACAACAAUGAGGAUUAUAAGUACAUGCUGGAAGUCACUCUGAAUCCAGAGUCAGAGACCGACCUUAUGAUCUCCUUCCAAGGUCGAGACUCCCAGCGCUACCCUCUCCGUCACUAUCACGACCACGUCUUCGAGUGGAGCAUGAGCUUGGACGAUGUGAAGAAGAGUGGGAGAUAUGAUAUCGCAGAUCCUUCAUACUAUAAAAUUCGCUUCGAAAUCUAUCCCGACAACCGAGCGUCUCGAAUAAUCUGGCAUAUACACGACCCAUCCGUUCCAAAUGGACUAACGUUUGAGUGGAAGGAUGAACGUCUUGCGGAAGCAUGGCAUAAAGUACGUGCCGAUAUACGCAAGGGUAUAAGUCUUAGGUCGGAAAAGGCCCUUUAA